AUGGCACCUCUCUUUGGCACAUUAUGGGCGACCAUCGGCCCGAUGAUCAAAGCCAUGAACGAGGAACGAGUCGUUGCCCUCCUGGAAGGUCGUGUCAGAGGUGGCUGUGUCCAGGAUGAGGUCGUUCUCACACCCAUCCAUGGAACCGUGCUUGAGAUUGGUGCAGGAAGCGGUAUGUGGGUAGACGUCUUGGCCCGCUUCACCAGCAACGUCGGUGCCGCGGGUGAGCUUCACAACAGAAAGAAAACUGACCGUGGUAUCACCAAGAUCUAUGGUGUUGAACCAAAUCCCAUCUCGGCCAAGGCUUUACAGAAGCGUGUUAACGAGGUUGGUCUGCAGGAUAUUUACCAAGUCGUUCCUGUCGGCAUCGAAUACGUUAACGAUCCGUCUGCCUGGGACAGCGAGAUCAAACCUGGCAGCAUCGAUUGCAUUUUUGGUAUUCUAUGCCUGUGCAGUAUCCCCGAGCCUGAGAAGAACAUCAAUCUGCUGUACAAACUCCUCAAGCCAGGCGGCUACUGGUUCGUGAACGAGCACGUCAAGGUCAUGCAUGGAGGCCCACUACUUCGCUUCUACCAAUGUAGGUGUUUAUCUUGA